CUCAUGUCCUCUUGACUUUCUCCUCCCUACCUGCAGUCAUCCGUUUGUCGCACAGGAUUUAUACGCUCCCUCACGCUCGUUACUCUCUUCCCUCCCGACCACUCUCCUGUACAUACCCCUCCUCUCCCUUGCCUCUGAAUUGGGCGUUGAUCGUCGCUAACAACACCUCAAAUGGCCUUUAAAUUUGAUCUACCACUCCUACGCAUAGGGCUCUAUGGCGCCCUGGCCUUUUUCUCCUUCCUGGUGUUCUGCCUCUCAGCGGCAAGAAUACAAUAUACCACACAUCUUCGGAAAGGAGACACUUUGAAUAACGGUAUCUCAUUUUAUGACCCCGUAGUGGUGGAGUUGCUCUUCACGGCACUCGUGACGAUGCCGUGGUCGGGAUUUAUGAUUUACUCCAUCCAUAAACGCCACGAGAACCGCUUUGUCUCCAAAUUCCGUGACGAGAUUAUCGCGCUGUCCUUUUUAUGGCUCUUUUGGAUUGUGGGUACGGGAAUUACGACCUCGUUUUGGGGAAACCUCGGCUUUUGUCAAAAAAUAAACGCGUGUCGCGUGCUUUCUGCGCUUGUUGGGUUUUGCUGGCUGGGCUGGUUGACGCUUACGGCAAUUUUGGCUGUUAGCCUGCUGUUUAGCAUUGCGAACACUGCGUUUUUGGAACCGCUGCAUGGCAGAUGGGAUCCGCGGCAAAGUCAUUAUCCUGCGUGAGAUGCUGGACUCUAGGGAAGUUUUAAGUACCUAGGCUCUUAAUGUUAUGACUUCCUCGUAGAGGGAACGGUCUAGUUGCUUGUUGAUUUAUUAGUGUAGUUUGUUUGGAUUUGAUUUGGUGUAUUGAAGUCUCUUAUCACUCACACAUCGACCAAACAA